AUGCUAAGCACCACCAACCGGCUGCUGUUCGUCUUGGGGGUGGCCCUGGUCCUGGUAGGCCUGGCCGCCUGUGACGACAAUAGAGCCCCUCCCUUGCGCAUCUGUCGCAUCGCUGACCGCUCCUCGGCCUGCCUCCGAGGCGAGUUCUGCGCCCUGCCAUUGGGCAUGUGCGGCGAGGACAGGGGAACCUGCACAGCCAUCCCUCAGCAGUGCAUCGAAAUUUUCGACCCCGUGUGCGGCUGCGAUGGUCGCACGUACGGCAACGAGUGCGAGGCCCGGCGGAACUCCGUCUCGGGGCGAGUGCCCCCGGACCCCGGACCCCUGCUGAUCGAGCGCAUCGACCUCUUCUCCGAGCAGCUCUACGCGACCAAUGGCUACGGCGCCCCCUUGGACUACAACCGGGUGAACUGGACCUUCGUGGAGCGCCUCAUUGACACCAAGAACUUCCGCUGGGAGGACUACAGCCCCUUCUCGUCGGCGGGCAUCUACACGAACAUCAGGACCUACUGGAGGGCUCUGAACAGGGCCGACGACGAGUUCCCACUCAUCGGCAAUGUCGAGGCGCAGUGGACCACAUGCGACCCGUUCGCCCGGCGCGUGGUGUCCCAGUACCGUGAGGUCUAUGGCCGCGCCCGCUACUUUGACCAGUGGGGCCGCCCGACGGUGACGGAAACCAGCACCUCGAUCUACGUCUCCGAGUUCGAGCCCAACGGGCUGCGCAUCACCAAGCAGGCCUUCUGGACAUCGGGCAACCUCAUCGACCUCGUCCGCCCGCAGAGGGACAACGGCGGUGGCAACGGCGGUGGCAACGGCAACGGCAACGGCAACGGCGGUGGCAACGGCCAUGGCCGCGACUAG